AUGGGACCUCACCACCCAUCAAUGGAUGGUGUUCUUCGACUCAUUGUUACUCUAGAUGGUGAAGAUUUUAUUGACUGUGAACCAAUAUUGGGUUAUUUACACAGAGAGCAAUUAGGCAAUAUUCAAGUCCCUAAAAGGGCCAGUUAUAUCAGAGUCAUUAUGUUGGAGUUAAGUCAUAUAGCUUCGCAUUUGUUAUGGCUUGGCCCUUUUAUGGAAGAUAUUGGGGCGCAGACUCCUUUCUUCUAUAUUUUUCGAGAAAGAGAAUUGAUAUAUGACCUAUUCGAAGCUGCCACCGGUAUGCGAAUGAUGCACAAUUUUUUUCGUAUUGGUGGAAUCGCUGCUGAUUUACCUCAUGGGUGGAUAGAUAAAUGUUUGGAUUUUUGCGAUUAUUUUUUAACAGGAAUUGCUGAAUAUCAGAAGCUUAUUACACGGAAUCCCAUUUUUUAG